AUGGCCUGGACUGUUNGCGCAAUGGACCUAGCCGGGCUCCUGCUGGACGAAGAAGGCACCUUCUCCCUCACCGGCUUCCAGGACUUCUCGUUCCUCCCAGGACACCAGAAGCUGAGUGCCCGGAUCCGAAGGAGACUCUAUUAUGGCUGGGACUGGGAAGCUGAUUGUAACCUGGAGGAGCUCUCCAGCCCCAUGGCAGACAUUGCUGUGGAACUGCUCCAGAAAGCAGCCCCCAGCCCUAUUCGCAGACUCCAGAAGAAAUAUGUAGCCCAUGUAUCCCGGGAGGCAUGCAUUUCCCCGUGUGCUAUGAUGCUAGCUCUGGUGUACAUUGAACGGCUCCGGCACCGAAACCCAGAUUACCUACAGCAUGUGUCCUCCUCUGACUUGUUCCUGAUUUCUAUGAUGGUGGCCAGUAAGUACCUCUAUGAUGAAGGGGAGGAGGAGGAGGUCUUCAAUGAUGAAUGGGGAGCUGCAGGUGGCGUGGCCGUGCCCACCCUCAAUGCCCUGGAGAGGGGCUUCUUGAGUGCCAUGGAUUGGCGUCUCUACACUGACCCUCGGGAGAUCUUUGAGGUGCUGAGCUGGCUAGAGAGCUGUGUGGCUGAGCAGCAGGGACGGCGACGGGGCUGGUACACCUACACAGACCUGUGUGUGCUACUGGAGCAGCCGACCUGGCAACUGGUCCUGGGCUCCCUCUGCCAGCAGUUGGCAAAGCUGUCCUGCCUAUUAACUAUGGCAUAUGUGAGCAGUGUGGCCCUAGCUGUGGCAUCGGUGGCUGUAAUACACCAGUCCUUAGGGCUGUCCUGCAGCCCCCCACCUGGCCCCCCGGAUCUUGGA